AUGUAUAGCUGGACACGGCGUCGUUUAUCUCUCGCUAACCUGACGAAAACUCACUCGGGAGAGGGAAAAUAACGCCCGUCCUUCCCUCUUUCAAUAACCUCCUUCAGGUCUCUACUCCCGAGUAGCAAAUGCAAGAAAAAAAGCAAGAGAUGGCAACCAAGAACCCUAAGAAGGCCAAUCUCUUAGAUCACCACUCUAUCAAGCACAUUCUUGACGAGUCUGUCUCUGAGAUUGUUACCAGUCGCGGAUAUGUGGAAGAUUUCAGGAUGAGCAAUGUAAGAUUGUUUAUGGGGAGUAUUAUCAUAGUUAUCGCGCUUGUUGCUCAGUUUUACAAGAAGAAGUUCCCUGAGAACAGGGACUUUUUGAUCGGCUGUAUCGUAUUGUAUGUAGUCUUCAAUGGAUUGUUGCAGCUGAUUAUAUACACAAAAGAGAAGAACGCGAUCCUGUUCACUUAUCCUCCUAAGGGAUCUUACACCAGCACUGGUUUGGUGGUCUCUUCCAAAUUGCCUAGAUUUUCUGAUGACUACACACUUAGCAUAGCAAGUGCAGAUCCCAAAUCAAUUUCUGCAGGGAAACCAGUGCAGUUUACCAGGAGCGUCACCCAAUGGUUCACCAAGGAUGGAGUUUUAGUGGAAGGUUUGUUCUGGAAAGAUGUUGAAGCUCUAAUAGAUGAUUAUGCAGGAGAACCAAAGAAGAACAAAUAAGCCCCUCUUCCAACAAUAUUUGAUAGGUCAAUGGUUAGACAGAUAAGCCAACAAUAUUGUGAUUUGAUAUGGAUGUUCAUUGAAAUUAUGGUGAUUGCCUUGAAAAUUUUUGAGCCAAACUAAAUGAAUAUUGACUUUACAAGUA